AUGGAAACGGUAGUAGUCAAAGCGGAGCCACGCAGCCCCGGUAUCGGCCCUGAAUACAACAACCACCCUGACAGCCCAAUCACCAUUUUGAGCGACGACGAAGGCGACGACGACUUCGUCGUCGCAUACCAGGAGGAACGAGGGAGCCAAGGGGAAAUGGGUGCAGAGGUUGGAUGGGAAGGUUGGGGAGACAGAGACGAUGACGAGGAGGACGAGGAGGACCAGGAAGAUGAACAACUCGCUAUCACCACCACGAAUUCCAAGAGACAGCGCUUGGAGGCCGAAGACGAGCCUCUCGCUACCACCGCCAAGCGCCCUCGCCUUGAGCUCCCGCAUGGAGGCCUCCCUCGCCUUGAGGUCCCGCAUGGAGGCCUAUUGCGAUGGGAAGGCAAGAAGAAAUGCGUGAGGUGUUUCAAUAACAGCGACUCGCAUCCUCCUUUCAUCUGCGAGAGUCAAGUUCGGAAAGGUCGUGCGUUCGGUGGUUGCCUCGAGCUCGAAGGCGACAAGCUCGAAGGCGACAAGCUCGAAGGCGACAAGCUCGAAGGCCUCGAGCUCGAAGGCGACAAGCUCGAAGGCCUCGAGCUCGAACGCGACGAGACCAUCCGCCUCCUCGAGCAUGAAAGCCUCGAGCACGAAGAGUUCCUCGGGACUCACAACAAAACAACUCGAAUCCUGGAGACCGAUACCAUCGAGUCGGACACCGGAUCCUUACAGGGACAUCAAGCCGCCGAUACCGAGCAGUUCCGUGCCACCGAGCAGUUCCGUGCCGUCGACACCGAGCCAUUCCGGAUUCACACCGAGCCGUUCCGGAACGCCCAUGCCACCGAAACCGGGCAGUCAUCUCCCCCCGAUACCGAGGUCGACGAUUUCUUCUGUGGAGGGUACAAGCGAUGGAGGGUUGGGCGGAAGAGGACCUACGGACAUGUACAGACGAACAGUGGCUCGGAACAUGGGUAGAGCUGUUCUGACUCGAGCCGAUCUUCUAGGUCAAUCGGGAGCGGGACGGAUUCCCUCAGACAGGUAUACUGCGUGGGUGUUGGACGUCGAGUCGAGAAUCAUGCAGGUAAGUGUUAUAGCGCGCAUCCUGGAGCCUUCUCGACGCCUAACAGUGAGGAUCUUGCAGGUGUUCGAGAACAACCCACCCCCGCUUGACGAUUGAUCUAAUUGAUCUGCC